CCGCUACCAUGGAGACGCACCAUCAAAACAAACCCAGCAGGUUUUCGUUUGAAAUCCGCAAUGUCAGAUUAGGAUUAGAGCAGUAGAGUGCAAUGUGAGCGGUCGUCGUGCUUCAAGAAUUUUGCUGGCAAAUUGGUAGAGAGAAAUUUAAGUGCUGGUGAGGACCAUGGAUCCGAACAUCCCGAUGAAGGAUGACGGACACGACAGUGUCAGAAAAUCAACAGAUAUUCCGUCCCAUGGGACCAUGCCGAAGUGGCUGGAGGACAUUUCACACAAAAUCGUCCAGAGUCAGAAUCUUCGCUCGCAGAGGAAUAAGAGUUUGGCUUAUAAUCUUGAUGUGAAGAGCUUUUUCGAAGGGCUGGAUCGAACGAGUCGGCGCCAAGCCGAAUCUGCAAAAUACGGCCGAAGAUCGUCCCUCACUUCCCAAAUAAUGGACGAAAACUUAACUAGCAUAUCCCACGCUAGAUCCGAGUAUCUCAUCCCACGACUAGACAACAAAUUCGACAUGAAAUCCCUCCGGCCGGAUCCCUGCCAAGCGGAUUUAGAAAAAUCAUGGAAAAGUCUAGACAACUUCAAACAGUCCCACAAAGGACGCCUAGACAGUGCCAAAAACUUAAACCUAGAUCCAAAGAUCGAUUACGAUUGCGUUCUGUCACCGAUUUCCUCCAGCGAGUUCGAAAGCGAGGUCGGUACAGUUUACAGCCCGUCUUUCUUGGACAGCACCGUGCCAAACAGGAGCAGAAGCGAGAUGUCCAAUUACCCGUUUAACGAAGCAAAGUUUGCCCUAACCUCGAAGAGCCAGACCGACCUGUUCCCGAGGCAGAGGUACGACCCGAUCUUCGAGCGAAAGAUUAGCGAGUAUCAGCUGAAGGUGGACAAGGAGAACAAGCUGCGGGAGGAGAUCAUCUGCGAGCUUUUGGCCGAAAACGAGAGAAUCACCGAAAGACUGAAGCGGUACAGCUUGGAGAGGGGCGAGCCGGACGCCAUCGCGGCGUCGUACCGGAAGUACAACAGCAACUCGAAGUAUAAGAGCAAAAGUUCGAAGAAGAGUAGCAAGAAGGAGAGUGUUUUUAUCAUUCCGGAGCUGCCGACGGGACAUACUUUGAUUAUUGAUAUUUUGAGUACUUGGGGUGACAAGUACUACGUGGGGUUAAACGGGAUUGAGAUUUUUGGAGUUGACGGAAAGCUUGUUCAAGUGAAGCGAAUAACCGCAGUGCCUCCAGAUGUGAAUGAACUACCUGAGUGUAAUAAUGACCCGAGAGUUGUGGCCAAUUUGUUAGAUGGUGUGAAUCGUACUCAAGACGAUAUGCAUAUUUGGUUGGCACCGUUCGAAAAUGGCUGCAGUCAUAUCAUCACGGUCGAAUUCGAGGAAAUUUCUACGCUGUCUAUGAUUAGGAUUUGGAAUUACAACAAAUCGAGAAUCCAUUCAUACCGAGGCGUUCGAGAUAUCGUCAUGUUCUUGGACGACACUCCCAUCUUCAAAGGCGAAAUCGCCAAAGCCUGUGGUGGAAUUUUGGGCGGAAUCCACGCCUUCGGAGACACCAUCCUGUUCACCACAGAGGACCAAAUCUUAGAAAACAUAGCCAAGAACGACCCGUCGUACUCCUUUCUGACGUCAGGACCGACUACCCCCAACAUCACAGACCGUCCUCCAACUUCCGCCCUCUCUUCUGACAUCCGUCCAAUCACAGGACCGGUAGCCAAAAGUUCUCCCACCGAUCAAAUCCUACUAGGAGCAACCCAAAUAGAUUUAGUUUUGUUGUCGAACUGGGGCCACUCUACCAUGAUCGGACUGACUGGAUUCGAACUGGUCCAAGGAAACGAGACUGCUAUUUUAGUUAAACCCAACCAGUUGAGCUGUAGUGUCAAAACUGAAACCUCGGGAUUGUCGAAACUGAUCGACGAAGACAAUAUCACCAACAACGAAAACAACAUGUGGUGGAUGCCGUUCGAGUUUGGCGAAGAGGUGACAAUCAGAAUAGAGUUCGAGGAUUCCAAAUACGUUUCAGGGAUACGAAUUUGGAACUAUAACGGCAAUCUAGAGACCUCCUACGCCGGCGUGCGUGCCAUGAAGAUCCUCCUUGAUGGCAAACCCGUCAAGAAUCCUCUAACCAAGAACGAAAUUUUCAUACUCCGACGAGCUCCAGGUAACAAGUUCUACGACUUCGUCCAAGACAUUAAGUUCGUCGAGGACUUAAAAGAACUGGAGGACAAUCAAGACGAGAUGCCGUCGCUUUUGGACCAAGACGAAUUUUACGAGCCGUCAUCAAUGCCGGAGGGUUUUGUUUUUCAGGUUAUAGUUUUUUCGAGCUGGGACGACCAGUACUACUGUGGGUUAAACGGGAUAGAACUGUUUAAUCAAUACGGGAAGAAGAUAAUUUUGGAGGAGCAAAAUAUCUGUGCCUACCCCGAGAGUGUUAAUUCUUUGCCGAACGUCGUCGGGGAUGUGCGGACACCCAAUAAACUAAUCGAUGGGGUGAAUGAUGACCAUACGGGGUCCCAUUCAUGGUUGGCACCUAUAAUACCGAAACAUUUGAACAGGAUUUACAUAGUGAUGGAUCAACCCAUCGUGGUGUCUUUGGUUAAGUUGUGGAACUACUCGAAGUCGCCAAAUAGAGGGAUUAAGGAGUUUGGGAUUUUGGUCGACGAUCUGUUGGUCUACAAUGGGACUUUGGAAAAGUAUUCUGAAGGUGCGAGUGGUUACCAAUGUGUUCUAUUUACCGAAAACGAAGCAAUAAUAGGGGAAGAAUACGAUACUGUCAUGAGAAAUAGUGCCUUUUCGCAAGAUGUGAUUCUGCUAGACCAAGACAUACGAACUACCAGUGGAGGUUCGCUGCCUGAAGCGGACCCAGCGUUGAGACCAUUUACCUCAGUCAAUUUGUACGAUAGGGGAUAUACGUCCAUAAGCCGUUAAGAUCACUUAUGGAUGAAAGUAUGUAUGUCUAAGCUGGUGGGCAAUUUUGUACUUUUCUAGAUGUUUAGCAUGUUGUGACGAGGGAGGAAAGGAUGCCAUUGGUGCCCCACGCGUAGGAUUGGUGGGCCAACUCGACUUUUUUAAAGCUACUUUUACGUAUUUGUUGUCUAUGGAUACUCU